AUGAGCUAAAGAAUAGAAUCCUAAGGGCUUUAAUCUGGUUAGAUCUAGUGCCAAUUCGAUGAUAAUUAUAGACCAUUUAAUAAAACUCCAUCUUGCUCACCCUUGCCUUAAAAUGAGGCAGAAUAGUUUGAUGAUUUAAACUGUUCUAUAUUGUCAAAUACCAAUUUUCAAGUUGAUGGUUUUAAAAGCUCAAAAUACAAAUCGAAAAAUUAGCGGAUAAAAAUCUAAUCAAACUUAUUUGAAGUUAUGAAAGUUGAUAAAUUAGUAGCACUUUUUAAAGAAAAAUUAAUGUUGAAAGCCCAUGUUUUGAGUUAAUCCAAAAGGGAAUUGAUUAAAAAAAUUAUUAAUGAAAAGUAUGUCUAACAAAGGGAAUCAAACGUUUUGCAUGAUUUUCCUACUCGUUGCGCAAAAUUAAGUCAUCAACUUUUUGAUUCAGGUAAUUUUUUCCUCUAAAUUUGGUCUUAUAUAAAGACUAUCAUUUUACUAAUCUUAUUAUGGGUUUAUCCUUUUCUUUGGAGUUUCAGAAUUGAGAGUGAAUAUCAUUCACACACCAUUGUAUUUAUUCUUUUGGAUAUCAUCUUAAAAUUAAAUACUCAAUUAGUAUUUUAGGGAAAUGUCAUCAAUUCAAGAUCUGAGAUACUGUCCUUUUACUUUAGAUCUUAAUUACUAUUUGACACUCUUAUCAUUAUUUCUGUUAUUACUAUAAAUUAAACAAUUUAAGGAAAUCAAAAAGUGUAAAUAGUAGAGAUAAUUUUUGUGUUCAUCUUCUCCUUUUUGAUUUACAGAAAAUUUACUGAAGAAAUUAAUAAACUAUAUAGAGAAUAUUUUAAUUUAUUCUAAUUACUAAUAUUAAUAGUUUAUUUUAUUCACAUUUUAGCAUGUAUUUGGAAUUAUGCAGGCCAUGAAUCCUAAGAAUAUUAUUAGAACAGUUGGAUUGUUUAAGCAAAUAUUUUUAAUGAAAAAAUAGAAAUUCAAUAUUUAUAUUCAUAUUACUGGGCGGCUGCAACAACUAUUACUGUCGGAUAUGGAGAUGUAUCUCCUAAGAAUCCAAUCGAAAUACUAACUUGCAUAUUUUCAAUGCUAUUCUCUAGCUUUAUCUUUGCAUACUCUAUUAAUUCAAUAGGAAAUAUAUUAUACAAUAUAAACCUUCAAUAAUCACAGUUUAUUCAAAGCAUUCGUGCUAUUUCAGCAUAUAUGAAUUAAUAUCAUGUUCCUAAUUAAUUAUAGAAUAGAAUUAGAAGUUAUUUGUAAUAUUCGAAUUAAGAAUAAUCAGAUAUUGAUUAGGAAUAUAAAGAAGUGAUUGAUAAUAAAUUAUCACAAUAAUUAAAAGAAGAAUUGAAAUUCACAGUCUUUAAAUACAUCUUAUAAAAAAGUAAGAUUUUACUGAACAAUUUUUCAGAAGAAUCUUUGAAACAAGCAUCACAAAAAUUGAUUUCACGUCAAUAUUGUCCUGAUGAAUUAAUUUUUAUGUAAAACAUAUAGGAUGACAAUUCCUUGUACAUGAUUGAUUCAGGCAAGGUUUAAUUGAUUGAUACAAAGUCCGAUACUACUAUUUGUACAUUAACAAAUGGAUAGUUUUUUGGUGAAAAUUCUUUCUAUACUCUAAAUCCAAGGAAGUGCAGCGCAAAAAGUAUUGGAUUCACUAAAAUAUUCAGUAUCAAUAGAGAUGACUUUUUGUCUGUAUUAUCUUAAACAGAUCUUUAGAAGUUUCAUAACAUCAAAGACAGAAUACUCUAAAAUUUAUCAAUAGAUGGAAUGCUAUGUUAUCUUUGCAAUAAAGAUGAUCACAUAUUGUUUAAUUGUAAUUACCUGAAUUAUAAACCUGAUAUCUAAAAACUCAUUUAACUUUACAAUAAGUCUCAGCAAAAUAGAACGAUCAGAGUCAAAAGAUACCGUUAAAAAUUCAAUUCGCUUAAAAUAAAAACAAAGAUUGUUUAAGAUAAUCAAAAGGCAUACAUUAACGAUUUAUAGUAGGAUGAUUAACUAUCCGAUUAAGAUGAAACUAACAAAAACUCAAUAUCCUAACUAUAGCCAAGUCUUGACACACCAUCCCAAGAAUUGACAAAUUAAUCGCCUAUCAACUUAGAAGGUUUCCCUACUAGAAAUUCCAUUUAUAAAAUUGUUCAUCCCAAAGGAAAUGAAUCUAAAUAAGUUGCUAUACCUAACAGUAAUACCGUCAUGAAUUUAGAACCUUCAAUAAAAGAAAUCCAACUUAAAUCAAACCUUAAAAUUGAAAGGAUGGAAAGAGAGAAAUCAUAAAAACUUACAAAAACAUGGAGAUCUUAAUUCUUUACUUCAUUAAAUAAUGCUAAUUUUGAAGAUCUAGUUGAAUUUGAAAAACAUUAAGAAUUUCAGCAUUAUUUUCCUCAUAACAAUUUUACGGAUAUUAUAAUUGAGUAUAAUAAAAUUGGAAAAUCUUUAAGAAGACUUUCUAGGAAAUCAUAACGAUCUGUUUUUAAGAAUCCUAUGAAAAAAAAAAGUUAAUGA